AUGUCAGACGGCGAAGAUGACUUGCCCCUCUCCACCCGCGCGCGUGUCGCGAUAGCUGGGAAUGAGUCCGACUCAGAUGAUGACGUGCCGCUCAGUGCACGAGUUCCUGGGGCUACCACAGGAAAACGCAAAAACAUGUCAAAUAGGAACAGACCUGCACAUAAGCGGAAAUCCUCUGACACUGAGGAUGACAACAGCAGCGACGACAAGCCUAUAGGGAGUCUAGUAGACAUAAGCGAUAGAAAGUCUACAACGGCAGGUGGUUCAGCGAAAAAGAAAACAAAACGUGCCGAUCAUGAGCCGUGGAGGGCAAAAAGAGGUGCAAAACAGAUGUGGUCAACGCUUGAACACAAUGGUGUAGUGUUUCCGCCACCUUACCAGGCACACGGAAUACCGCUUGUAUAUGAUGGACACGAUGUCAAACUCCUCCCCCACGAGGAAGAGGUGGCGACAUUCUUCGCUGUUAUGAAGGAUACAGAUUAUGCUCAGAAGGACAUCUUUGUGAAAAAUUUUUUUGAUGGUUUCAAAAAGACGCUGCGAGGUGGUCCACAUGGUUUUAUCAAAGACUUUAAAAAGUGUGACUUUACGAAAAUUUAUAUGUGGAAUCUGCAAGAGCGCGAGCGAAAAAAAUCGGUCAGCGCUGAAGAGAAAAGAAAGGUCAAGGCCGAGCAAGCAGCAGCAGAGGAGAAAUAUUGUUGGGCAACGAUUGAUGGCCGACGUGAAAGGGUUGGUAAUUACAAAGUCGAACCGCCUGGUCUAUUUCGUGGACGCGGUGAGCAUCCCAAGAUGGGUAGAGUCAAGAAACGCAUAAUGCCCGAAGAUAUUAUAAUCAACAUCGGCAAGGGCGCAAAGGUCCCGGAGCCGUUGCCGGGGCAUAAAUGGAAACAAAUUAUCCAUAACAACACCGUCACUUGGCUCUGUGGGUGGAAUGACACAAUUAACACUAAAGACUGGAAAUACGUACAAUUCGGUGCUACGUCCUCGAUAAAGGCAGAGUCCGAUAUACAAAAAUAUGAAAAAGCGCGCAAGCUCAAACUAGCUGUGGAUGCCAUUCGACGCGACUACUUUAAAAAGAUGAAAUCUGGCUCUGUCCUUGAGCAGCAGCUAGCUGUCACCACUUACCUUGUCGACAAGUUAGCACUUCGCGCAGGUGGAGAGAAAGAUGACGACCUAGCUGACACUGUUGGAGUGUGCACUCUGCGUGUUGGGCAUAUCGAUUUCUUGCCUCCCUCAACUAUCAAAUUUGACUUUCUCGGUAAAGACUCAAUCCGAUACCUUCAGGAACACGAGGUUGACCCACUUGUUUUUCACGCCAUGCAGCGAUUUUGCAAGGGCAAGAAGAAGGAUCAAGAUAUUUUUGAUCACAUAGACCCGACGAAGGUCAAUAAGCAUCUUCAAACGCUGAUGCCGGGUCUAACAAUCAAGGUAUUCCGCACUUACAAUGCCAGCUACACCCUGAACAAGUUGUUGAAGGAAACUACACCGGCUGGCGAUUCCACAGUUCCCAUGAAAAAAGCAGCAUAUGAUGCAGCUAACAAGGAAGUCGCAGUACUUUGCAAUCAUCAAAAGGGGGUGUCCAAAGCACAUGAUGCACAAAUGGAGAAACUUCAGGAUAAGAAGAAGAUCAUAGAGAAGGAAAUAGCCGCGCUACGCAGAGAUAAAAAGGACACGAACAAGGCCAAGAUAAGAACCCUGAAGGAACGAUUAUCGAAGCUUGAGCUGCAAAUGAAGAUGAAGGAUGAACUCAAGUCAGUAUCGCUUGGAACAUCUAAGAUUAAUUACAUGGAUCCUCGUAUCACUAUUGCUUGGUGUAAGCAUAAUGAUGUCCCACCCCCCACUGUGUACACCAAAGCCCUUGUUGAAAAGUUCAAUUGGGCAAUGGAAGUGGAGCCCGACUUUGACUUCUAG